AUGUUGAGAAGUAGACUUCAACAUGUUAAUAGAUCAAUACAAAGAGUCUUACCCACUAGUUCAAUAUUUUUGGGUUUUCCAAAAGUAUCUCGAUGGGUUUUAAUAUCAACGUUUAUUGUAUUUGUCAUAUUGUUUUAUAAGAUUGAUUCUUAUUCGAAUGGAGAAUUAUCUGAUAUAUUACGCAGUUUCGGUCAUGAAAACUAUAUUAGUUUACGUCUUAUUCGAGGUGCAAGUGAUACUGACGCUACUACUCUAGUAAAUCCUCCUGGAAAUGUGGUAGACGUAGAAGACCGAAAACCAGCAUUUAAACUUGUGGUAAAAGAUACUUACACGCCAAACGUUGAAGGGACUCAAGCACAAGAUCGAGUACUUCAACAAUUGCAACUUUAUGAAACAUGUCAACGAGAUUCAUCAACUAUUGUUGUUGAUGUUGGUUCUUAUUUAGGUGAAUUUGGUCUUUAUGCAGCUGCAUGUGGUUGUACUGUGUAUAUGUUUGAAAUGCAACAGAACAUAGUCACUCUUAUCCAUUCAUCAGUUGACCAGAACUACUUUUUACCAUCUCGUGUUCAUGUUUAUCACAAUGCUAUUAGUGAUGUACCAUCGGAUACGACUGUCAAAUAUACGGCGGAUGGUAGUUCUUCAUUUAUUUCAGAUAGUGGUUCUAAUUCAGUACAGGCUAUGCGUCUUGAUGACAUUCCAUGGUCAUCAUCGUCAAUCUUCAUACUUCAUGUUGAUGUCGAAGGAUAUGAAUUAAAUGUACUUCGUUCAGCAACGAAACUAUUUGCUGAAAAUCGUAUUCGUCAUUUAAUGUUCAAAUAUCAUCCAUGGUGGGCUGAUCGAACUUCACAAAGUACAUUAUUGCCAUUUAUAAGAAAUGAGUUAAAAGCAAGAUAUAUUUAUGCACUUCAUCGAACUGAAAAUAUUAUAUAUGGACCAUUACGACCAAUAGAUAUAGCAAACUAUUAUGAUCAACACUUUAAAUCGCAAUAUCAAACAGAUAUUUAUGCUGUUUUUGACAAGAAAGCACCCAGAUCAGCAAUUAAGUCAAAACCAUAUAAUUCAUAUAAACCUCCUGAUUGA